AUGUGCACCGAACAAUACACGCACUUUUACUGCAUCUACUGCAAAUGCUGCAUCAGAAAAGGCUACGAGUGGGAGAUUUGUGAGCAGGCUCUGCAAACUGAAUCAAAGUCGAUGGGCUCGUGCGGUUACACGGAUGAUGGCGAGGUCGCUCGUGCUUCUGAGUAUUGUCAGCAGUGUCCGCCAGAUGAGAAGAAGUGGAACAAGUCGAGAGACACUGAUGAUGUCGACAAAGAUGAUGCACCAUGUCUGAAUAUCUGUCGUUGGUUUUAUUCAAAUUGUCUCGUUUUUCUUCUUUUUUCAUCCUCCGCAAAGCUCGUUCUCAUCUUCCUCAACGAUACUGACUUUGGAAAUACGCAUCGAAAAAUCAAAAACACAACGCAUCCAACAUGUGCCACGACAUCACCAUCCACUACUUGUGCAACAUCUGCUCCUACCGUUACGAUUUCGAGAAACACGGUCUGGAAUGCAACAAAGCGAGAGCAAUACGGUUACAAGCAGGACAGCGACGAUUUGCAGCUUGUGGCAGGGACACCUUCGCGGACGGUUAUCGAGUUGAUCAUCCCAAAUUGA